AUGCAGGUUGUUAUUUGCGUGGAUGAAAGCAAGACUGCAGAGGCUGUGUUUAAUUGGUACUUCGAUAACUUGCACAAGCAGGGCAAUGAUGUCACCGUCGUUCACGUUGCGGAUCAACCACAAAUACCAACCCUCGUGUGCUAUGAAAAAGCUGUGUUUCCAAUCGACGAGUUUCAACGGAGAGUGGAAAAAUGUAAAAAGAAAAUGGCCGACAUUAAGUCUAAGUUCUCAGAGUUGGCUCAACAGAAAAACACGCAGUGCAACUUUAAGAUUCAAUUAAGCGAUGGUGGCCCAGCGGGUGAAGUGAUCGUCGCUUUAACGAAGGAAUAUGAUAUUAGCAUGGUGGUACUCGGUACUCGGGGUCAAGGGGUCGUCCGAAGAACAAUACUUGGUUCGGUCAGUGAUUAUGUUGUGCAUCAUGCCAACGUACCGGUUCUCAUAUAUAGAGGCUAA